AUGGCAUUUACAAGUCGUCUCCCCUUUUUACCACUACCAGUUAUCUCGUCAGUAGUAGUAGCAGUCGGUGCAUCUCAUAUUAAGAUUCCUCAACUUCUGGCAAGCCUUCUCUCUGGUCAGGGAAGAUAUUCGCGUGCGGUGGCCGCCAUUCUAAUUUUCGCGAACCUCAAGAAUUUACCAUUUAUAUGGCAUUUGCGCGUGUGGAGCGCUAUUCUUCGGCACUGUUACAUUAAUAAACCUAAGGUUCCUCCAGCCCUCGCGACCUCUACUCUAUUUCUCCCUGUCAUCACCGCAUCGCGAUCUCCGCUAUUGGAAUGUGAUUAUAACCUCCAUAAGUCAAACAGCUCAUACUUUUCCGACUUAGAUGUGACUCGAUCGCACAUCAUCUGCGCUUUGCUUGAGCCCGGCAUUCGUAAGACAAAAAACAACAAUACAGAAAGGCUUGUUCUCACACCCCAAGGCGAGCCUGUGCAAGGCAGAUGGAGCGUUAUCCUCGGGGCCACAGCUUGCAAUUUCAAGCGAGAGAUAGGAAUCUACGAGCCAUAUGAGAUGUGGAGCCGUCUACUGUGCUGGGAUCGCAAGUGGCUCUACUUUGUCACACACUUUGUAAAGCGUGGAACCGUGAAACCUAGCUCGUAUAUACAUACGGACGGUAGUUGGUUAAGAAAAGGCUAUCAGACGCGGAAGGGUGAGGGAAAAGAUGACGAAGAUGUUGACGAAAGAGCAAUCUUUGCAAGUGCGAUCAGCAAAUAUGUUGUCAAAAUUGGAAGGUUAACUGUUCAUCCCGAGGUAAUUCUAGCAGCUUCGAAUCUUCUUCCGCCGCGACCAGGAGGAUGGCACACCAUGACUAGUCCGCCGUCAGCGAUAACCUCAAGCGAUGCAAUGGAAUUCGUGGAUGUCGACGGCCCUGAUUGCGAAUGGAGGCGUGUUGAAGAGCGAAACAAGCGAGGGCUCAUGUACGCUGAACAUUUUCAUGCUCUAGAAGGUUUAAAUCAAGAGUUUAGCGGAAGUAAGGGGCCAGCCCUGGGAAAAUACGCAGAUCUAUUCCGCUAG